GAGGGCCUGUGCUUUUGAAAUGACUGUUCAAAUUAGACACUUGAUUCACUGAUUUAUUAAUGUUUAAACAAUGCAACAAACACACCUACUGUACAGUCACAAUGUACAAAAACUAAAGACUGUUAAAGUGCAAUGAUCCAUCUUCUAAAAAUGUAUUGUAUGAUAACAUCCAGGUCAGAUGACAGGGAACUGCUAUUUUAGGGAAAUUCCUGUGUGUUCGUGUUUUUUGGUUAAUCACUGAUAUUAAGCAGGGAGUUAUGUGUGUUAGGGGUUAGUCUAUAUAAACAACAACUUCUGUCAUUCAAACAGCAGUGGCAGACAGAGUUUCCUGACUGAUACGACCGUCCCAUUAUGAUGACCAAGCUCAUUUUUCUAGCUGGCUUUUCCCUGGCACUGUGUCACUUUGGAUGGGCCUCCCAACUCGCAUGCUACUUCACAAAUUGGUCACAGUACAGACCUGAUGCUGGAAAGUACCUGCCAGAAAAUGUGGAUCCACAUCUGUGCACUCAUUUAAUUUAUGCUUUUUCCAUAAUUAAUCAGGCAAAUGAGUUGGUCACGUACGAAUGGAAUGAUGAUACUCUCUACAAAUCUUUCAAUGGACUAAAGGAAAAAAAUCCCGGUCUGAAAACUCUCUUGGCUGUUGGAGGAUGGAACUUUGGCACAGCUCAGUUUACUGUCAUGGUGUCCACAUCAGCAAACCGGCAGACGUUUAUUCAGUCCUCCAUCACAUUUCUGAGGAAAUAUGGCUUUGAUGGUUUGGAUUUGGACUGGGAGUAUCCAGGUUCUCGUGGAAGUCCUCCAGAAGACAAGCAAAGGUUCACUCUGCUCUGUAAGGAGCUUUUCGAAGCUUAUGAGGCAGAGGGUUCUGCCACUGGACGCCCCAGACUCAUGCUCUCUGCUGCAGUGGCUGCUGGGAAAGGAACCAUUGAUGCUGGUUAUGAAAUUGCAGAGAUCGCCAAGUAUUUGGACUUCAUUAAUGUGAUGACCUAUGACUUCCAUGGCUCAUGGGAAACUGUUACUGGGCACAACAGUCCUCUGUACCGUGGCUCUGGGGAAACAGGAGACAACAUCUACUUCAAUACUGAUUUUGCAAUGACAUACUGGAGAGAUCAGGGUGCCCCUGUGGAGAAGCUGAGGAUGGGGUUUGCAACCUAUGGAAGAACAUUUCACUUGGCAUCUGCAGCCAGUGGAGUUGGAGCUCCAACUAGUGGUCCUGGAUCAGCUGGAAAGUACACCAGAGAGCCCGGAUUCUGGUCUUAUUAUGAGGUCUGUCCUUUCCUUCAAGGAACCACUGUGCAAUGGAUUGAUGAUCAGAAAGUUCCUUAUGCAACCAAGGGCCAGGACUGGGUGGGAUUUGACACCAAAGAAAGUUUUGAGACUAAAGUGAACUAUCUAAAGGAGAAAAAGUUUGGAGGAGCUUUCGUCUGGACUCUGGAUCUUGAUGACUUCACAGGACAGUUCUGUGGGCAGGGCAUAUACCCUCUCAUUGGACGUCUCCGUACACUUCUUAAUAAUGAUAUUCAACCAGUCUCUCAAAAUACAGCACAAGAGCCUGGUAAGACCUCAGUAACAGCAUCUACUGCCAUAUUUCAACCCACAAGACCUCCUGUUGUCCCGACAGCUCUGUCAGAGUUCUGUGUAGGCAAACCAGACGGGUUAUAUGUAAACUCAGCUGACCGGACGACCUUCAUUCAGUGUUCUAAUCACAGGACCUUUGUUCAGAUAUGCCCUUCAAACACAGUCUACAAUCCCAGCUGCAAGUGCUGUGACUGGCCUAAGAAUUAACCUUGUGUUGUCACUGUUCCACCCCUGCAAAGAAAUCAUGUGGAAUUUUGGGGUAUUUUUCUAUAACUAUUUGCAGCUAGUAGUGGCUUUCAUACUUGACCUUUAAGUAAUGUGAUCAUGUCUUUCAGUUUAACAGACAGUCGAUGAUAUAAUAUUCCUUUCUUAAAAUAAUAAUAUGCUACAUUUUGUUGUGUCUUAAAAAGGAGCACAGCCCGUCUAAUAUGUCUGAAUAAAACUAACCUGAUUAAGCAUA